UAUCUUCAAUAACUAGAAUGAGAGAUUUUUUACUGAAGCAUCGAAUAGACUACAUAAAUACUAACCACUUGUUGUAUGAUGCUUCGAAAAUGACUGAUAGUGAAAGAGACCAGAUAGAUAGUGAUGCUCAGACUUUCAUUCAUACUUGUACUGAAGUUCUUCGUUCCUUACGUUCAGAAGUGAAGAAAGAGUUCUCUGCUGAUCAAGCAUUUCAACAUAAAGAAGCCAUUUUGAGUCUUAUAGAAAGCUACUUGAAAGAGGUUUGCAAAAUUUAUUCUGAACAGAAAGCUAUUAGAGUGAAGAGAGUAUUUGAUAGGCAAAAAAUGUUAAGACUUGAACCUGAUCUGAAGAAAAGUAAAAUCUCAAUGGGUCAGUUACAUUCAGAAUCAUCCAAAAGAGGAGAAGGAGACACUAGUGGAAGAGCAGUUUCCAAAGAUAGGCAGCGUAAUCCUAGUGGAGAGAAAACUUCUUUGCUUGAGAAUGAGUUUGAAUUUUCAUCAGAAGAAAUACAGAUGCUUGAACAAGAAAAUGAUCAGAUCUAUGAAGAGAUGAACAGCCUCGUAGAUGAAGUCAGGUAAGACAAAGGUUAAAUAGCUUGAUGUGUUAUAUAAAUCAGUGAUUCCU